GGAGUAGAGACGUCAGCACCUUUCGCGGCUCCAGUGUGUUCUCCCUGUAGCCUCUGACGGUGGCAGCAAAGACAAGUGUAGAAAGUAGCAGCCAGGACUGGAGGUUAAACCAACCCAUUCCGCACCUACGCCGCCGGCCACUGAAUGAGUGAGCGUAUCGCUGUGAGAAAGAAGUGUGAAGCGAGGUGGAAAGUUUUUACGCACGCAGAACCUGGAUUUUCAUCGUAGCCUUUUCUCGGGUGGUUUUGACCUAUUUUUCGUUGCAGAGUUUAUCCAUUGGAUCUAGGUGUUUUGUUAAUUCCAUGAGAUGGGUACCUUGUCCAUGUUUUCGUUGUACACACUCGUUUUGGGGCUGAAUGGUUACCUUGGAGCUGCCGCGGGUAGAAACCUGAUCCGAGCCAUGAGGAGCGCACGGGAAUCUCCAUUCGAGUCUUUCUUGGACGGUGCCAGGCCGGAUGCCGUUUCCCAACACAUGUUCAAAGUGUACGAGAAAUACAACCGCGAUGUCCGCCGCCCCCAGGAAGGCAACACAGUCAGGAGUUUUAAAGGGAUUCAAGAGCUUUCUGACCAGAGGGGGGUGUACCAUCUAAACCUAACUUCUCUCCUGGACUCUGAGGUCAUCCAGUCCGCCAGCUUUCACUUCCUGUUUGACCGGCGCCCUAGACAGAGAGCCUGGUUCUGCAAGCGAUUCAAAGCCCCAUCCUGCCGUGCCCUGCCCCUCAACUCUGUUCCCUCUGUCCACAUCCUCCUUCGCUCCCUAACCACGGGUUCAGAAGUCACCCUGGGGUCACAGGGGUCGCUCUUAGGCAAUGUGACCUUUCACCCCCACAGGAGAGGGGUCUGGCAGAUGAAGGAUGUGACCCAGGUCAUCAAAGAGGCCAGAUGGCAGGGUCAGCUCCUGGUGUCUCUUGAGAUGGACUACGGCCUGCAGUACCAGAGGUACCCAGAUGAGGCGCUGUCUGAGGCUAACCUGCCCUACCUGCUGGUGUAUGCAGAUGACCAGGCCUUGGUAGAGCCCAAUAGUGUGGCUGCAACCCUGCAGAGGUAUGACCCUUUCAGUGAAGGGGGGGAAGCCUCACCCGCAAUCUCUUCCCCCUCCCUCCCGCACCCUGCCUCCCUCUCAGGCAGAGUCAGGAGACAGGCUCCGAUGACCUCUGACCCCAUCCACAACAACGAGCUGCCCGAGGUGGACUACACUUUUGAGGGGUACAGCAAGGAGAGCCUGUGGCAUAACACUUACCUGGCCCUCAAACCCAAGGCCAAGCCUGAGAAGAAGGAGAAGAGGAGGAAAGUCCACGAAGGAGGGGAAGUGGGACAGGAUGAAGGGAAGGAAGGAGGAGUGGAGAGGAGAGGAGAACAUCAAGUGCAAAGAGAAGAGGAGGGCAAACUUGCGGUCCUUCGCAUUGACCAGAGGACAGUGAAGAAGCCCAACGAUGGACGGAAGGCAGAGAGGAGGGAUGAGAGGAAGGACGGAGGGAGUAGGGAUGGAGGAAAGCAUGAGGGGAGAGAUGGAGGGGCCAGGGGCCAGAGUCGUUCCCCAGAGCUGCGGUUCGAUGAGCGGACGAUGCGCCAGGCCAGGAGGAGGCAGUGGGGCCUGCCCCAGCAGAAAGGCUGCACCAGGAGAAGCCUCCGGGUAGACUUUUCAGACAUCGGCUGGAGUGAGUGGGUCCUGGCACCCAAGGCCUUCGAUGCCUACUACUGCGCUGGCACCUGUGGCUUCCCAAUGCCCAAGUUGAUGCGCCCUUCCAACCAUGCCACCAUCCAGAGUAUCGUGCGAGCGGUGGGCAUCGUGCCAGGCGUGCCAGAGCCUUGCUGCGUGCCAGAAAAAAUGAGCUCCUUGGCCGUGCUGUACCAGGAGGAGGAUGGGAACCCGGUCCUUAAGGUCUACCCUGCCAUGUCUGUAGAGACCUGCUCCUGCAGAUAGGAGGACAGGGAAGUCAGAAGGAGGCCAGAGGGAGAGAUAUGGAGAAGACAGGAGUUGAGGGCACGGAGAGAUGGAGAGAAGACAGAGAGGGAGGGAAGACAUUGAGGAAAUGAGGAGAUAACAGGAUGGGAGAGAUCGACAGAAAAGGGAAAGAGGGGCUGGAUGGAAAGAGGAGAAUGAGAAAAAAUUUAGAGAGAUAGAACUUUGAGAGACGGAAGACUUGAUGUGUUCAUUCAUUCUUCCUGUUUUAUCUCAUGUUCAUGUGUGUGUGCGCGUCUGCAUUUGUAAGUGUUUGUGUGCGUGUCUAUCUGUGUGUGUGUGUGUGUGUUUGUGUGUGUGCGUGCGUGCGUGCGUGAGAGUGUGUACGCACAAUUUACCUGAGGUGUGUGUUCAGUGUUGUCUGAGGUGAUUAAACAGAGUGGAAGAGGUAUUGUGUUUUGUGGCCUCUGCGUGUCGUGUACUGAGAUAUGUACAAACUGAACUCUCUCAAUCCUACCAUGAAACAAUGGCUGGUCACUUCUCACUGGAGCUUCAUCUACACUUGUUUUACUUUGAGAGAUAGAUUCCUAAAGGAUUCCACUGUUCAGGUUGUGUAACCAGUCCAGUCACCAGCCCUCUUUAAUCUCCGUCAAUAUCUCCAAAAUGCACUUAUGAGUUGUAUGAACAAACUAAGCUCAUGUUGCUUUGUUCAUGUUUUCUGGAUGGACCUGUAACUGCUGAAUCCUAGACCCCACAGCAGCUAUAGAGGGGAUGGAAGUCCUUCUCUGUGUCUCAAAGGCAGCUUCUAUCAUGGGUCAUAGAUGGUAUACAAAACAUUUCAGUGUUACAGAUGUUUUUACAUGUUUUGUACUGAUAGAAUGCACUUACAGUUAGGUGAAGACCUUCAACGUCCUCCUGUACCAUAUCGUUAUUAUCAUUUGGUGUUUUUUUGUGAUCAAAGUUGUUGUACAGUUUUGUUCUUCGACGGAGAGGACUGUUGAGUGGAUUGUAAAGUCAGCCAUCUGGAAUCCAUCCCCCCCCACUCCGUACUUCAAGUCUGCUAUGAAGAAACCAGAAAUAUUUUUAUAUAUUUUAAAUAAAAAUUGUUGUUUACUAUAUACUAUUAUUCUGUUUUAGAAAAGCUGAUGUUUUGUAAAUGUGUCAUUGUUUAAAUUAUGAAAAAGUAGUUGUUUAUAAAGCCUAGAAUAAAAAGUAAUU